AUGUCACGAGAAGAGCUGUUGGUCUUGCGAAAGACCCUGAAAGACCUGCUGGACAGAGGAUUCAUCCGAGCGAGUAGCUCAGCGGCUGCCGCGCCGGUGCUGUUCCGCGACCGAUACCCACUGCCCUCAUCGCGGAGACCCUGCAGAAUCUGGCCAAGGCUAAGUGGUUCACCAAGAAAGACUGCAUUUCGCACGAGGUUUGGGCUCUACGAGUGGCUCGUGUGCCCUUUCGGCCUGAGCGGCGCCCCGGCAUCAUUCCAACGAUACAUGAACAGUGUAUUGCGCGAAUGGCUGGACGACUUUGUCACAGCGUACCUGGAUGAUGUACUGAUCUACUCGAGCGGUUCGAAGGCGGAUCAUGAGGCUAAGGUGCGACGAGUUCUCCAAGCACUCGCCGACGCUGGGCUGCACCUAGACCCAGCGAAGUGCGAGUUUUCGGUACAAGAGCAGCGCGCCAUCCGCGAAUGGGAGGCCCUGACCACGGUGAAGGGUGUCAGAAGCUUUCUGGGCUUCGCCAACUAUUACCGGAUCUUCAUCCCCGACUAUGCCAAGAUCACGCAGUCUCUGGAUGCCCUGCUUAAGAAAGGAACUGCCUUUCAUUGGGGACGAGCGGAGAACGAGGCGUUUCAGGAGCUGAAGCGACGAUUUUGCGAGUCACCGGUGCUCAAGCAGUGGGACCCGAGCCUCCUGACCUUUUGGAGACGGAUUGCUCAGGCUACGCAUUGGGAGGCGUCCUGUCGCAGGAAGCGACUUUCGCCAGCGGAGUACAACUAUCCCAUUCACGACAAGGAGAUGCUUGCCAUCAUGAGAUGUCUCGACAACUGGAACGCCGAACCUAGGAGCUGCGGCCCAUUUACAAUCCUUACCGAUCACCGCAACCUGGAGUAUUUCAUGACACGCCAGAAGCUCACGGAACGGCAGAGCCGUUGGGCAGCCGAAUUGUCCCAGUUCGACUUCAAGCUCGAGUAUCGACCGGGAAGCGAGGCUGUCGUGCCUGAUGCGUUGUCCCGCCGUGAACAAGACAAGCCACAGGGCAUUGACGACGAGCGGGAACAAGGAAGAAUGAUACAGUUGAUACCGGAUAGUGCCAUUCCAUCAUCGACAAGAGCAUGUAUCAACGCGAUGAGUUCUGACUGUUCAGAGGCAUCCACCCUGCCGAAGAUGAAGGUCUUCGAGGUAGCGGACCUGCAGCAACUCUGGGACGAAACGGUGGCGAAGGACUCGAUAUUCCGGGCAGCCUAUAAGGCAGUCCGCGAUCGCGAGCGUGCCUUCCCGCCCUCGCUGGGCCUGAAGAUCCAGAUUUCAGAAUGUGCGAUCGACGCAGGCAAAAGGCUGACAUUCAGAGACCGUAUUUGGGUGCCGGGUGGAUCCGGAGAGGAGGGUAACCAGGAGGAAGCUGAGAAAGACCAGUUGAGAACCCGCAUUGUGCAGCAGUCGCAUGACUCUGUUGCGACCGGUCAUCCCGGCAGGAAGGUACGCUGGCUAUUGUGGCUCGGCGAUUCUACUGGCCUGGGCAGUCCCAGCUGGUUCGCCGGUACGUAG